CGCAAAUAUGGGCAGGCAAAGAACACAGAGGGGGAAAAAUGGUCACUUUCAAGUUUCAACAAGAGCUGAAGAUGGGAACACGCCAAACUAAGGAAGCAGAGCUCGUGCAACGACUCUCGUGAUAUUAAAAACAGCCGGACCAACCUCCUUUUUUUUAAUAACAAGAAGACGGCCAAAACAAGUGCUAAAACCCAGCUUGGAGAGAUCAAGGAUCGAACUUGAUUGGCCAUCUGCAAAUCCACGAGGAUUUUGGCAAUAUGGGUCGGUCCGAAUCUUGUUAGCAGGGUUUAUCUGAUCUGGUGGAGCUGUUUUUCUUUAGAUUAUAGAACCCCAGAAGAUAGAAGAAGUUGUUUAUUGUGGACAAGAAUGGGUUGUAGCUGCUUUGGUACUUCAGUUGCUGACAGGAAAAGGAGGUCUGGUCACUUUGGCCAUGAUCUUGAUGGAAAUUUGCUGGAAAAUAUUAAAACUUUCUCCUACAAUGAAUUAAGAUCGGCGACCGAUGAUUUCCAUUCCAGUAAUAAGAUAGGGCGAGGAGGUUUUGGAACUGUUUACAAGGGAACCCUGAAAAGUGGAAAGCAAGUUGCUGUGAAGACACUUUCUGCUCGGUCGAAGCAGGGAGUCCGUGAAUUCUUAAAUGAGAUUAUUGCUAUAUCAAAUGUCAGGCAUCCAAACCUUGUUGAGUUGAUUGGGUGCUGUGUUGAAGGAGCGGAUCGGGUUUUGGUCUAUGAAUAUGCUGAGAAUAACAGCCUUGAUCGUGCAUUGUUAGGUUCAAAGAGUAAAAACAUCAUACUCAAUUGGGAAAAAAGAUCAGCCAUUUGCUUGGGUACUGCUAGGGGUCUUAUGUUUCUCCAUGAGGAACUGAUGCCACAUAUUGUCCAUAGAGAUAUCAAGGCUAGUAAUAUACUUCUAGACAGAGAUUUUAACCCCAAAAUUGGAGACUUUGGGUUGGCUAAACUCUUCCCUGAUAACAUCACUCAUAUUAGCACAAGGAUUGCAGGAACAACUGGUUAUUUAGCACCAGAAUACGCUCUGGGAGGUCAGUUAACCAAGAAGGCUGAUGUUUACAGUUUCGGUGUUCUUGUUCUUGAAAUAGUUAGUGGCAGAAGCAGUGCCAAGGAAAACUGGGGAGGGACAGAAAAGUUUCUCCUCGAAUGGGCAUGGCAGCUCCAUGAAGAAGGGCGACUAUUGGAGCUUGUCGACCCAGAGAUGGGGGAAUUUCCUGAGGAAGAACUCCUUAGGUACAUGAAGGUUGCAUUUUUCUGCACCCAAGCAGCAGCAAGCCGAAGGCCAAUGAUGAGUGUGGUUGUUGAGAUGCUCUCAAGAAACAUCAGAAUCAAUGAGAAGCAACUUACAGCCCCAGGUUUCUUCAACAAUUCAGGGAGCCUCAGCGGACCUUCUUCAAGUAAAAAAUCAUCUGCCGACACAACUAGCUAUCAGAUGAGUUCUGUCCCUGACACUAUAACUCAAGUAGCACCUCGCUGAAGAAGAAUAAGAAUAAUGCACUCAUUGCAAUUUGGAGGAAGACAGAUGAAAUUUACAAGUCCACAAGUAGUUAUUCCAGUAGUUCAUACAGUUAUCUUCUUUAACCUUUUACACGUUUUCGCUUCUUCGUCUUUUGUUAGCCAAUUUGAGAAGGGAGAGGGUGGUUUGAGCAGAAUUAAUUUGAGGUUGCGAAUUUGUAAUGUUAUGUUAGUCUGAUGUUGUUUUCUUUUUUCUUUUUGAUUCAAUCGUUACCUUAUGUACUUCUCAAGAAGAGUACAAUGGAAGAGAAGAAUGUUGUAUAGUGAAACAGAAAUUAAUCAAUACACACUCUUUGACUCUUUUCUC